AUGAUUUUCAGUAUCGGUGACUGGAGUCGCCACAGAUCCUACUUGGCUAGCCUGUUAGCCAACGAGGACAACAGUUCUGGCCACAUUUAUCCAGCAAUUGUAGUGGAGUUUCUAGAUAUUUUUCCAGAGGAGUUAACAGAGCUUCCUCCUCUUCGAGAAGUUGUCUUUGCCAUCGACGUCAUUCCCGGGGUGGAGAUACUAUUUGUAUGGGAAAAGUUUGAGGUUUUCUCCGAUCACAAGAGUUUCAAGUAUCUUUUUUCUCAGAAGGAUUUGAACUUGAGACAGCACAGAUGGGUUGGGUUUAUGGAGGACUAUGACUUUAAGUUGCAGUAUCAUCCGGGUAAGGCUAAUUCAUAUGAGGACGUUUCACCAUCUAUUUUGUUUAGCCUUGUGGCUCAACUGGCUCUCGUUAGCAGAGUUAUUAACGCACAUCAAGAGGAUAGAGAGAUGAAGGCCAUCCACGUUCAGAUUUUAGGCGGUGAGAAUGUAGAGGGUUGGACCUUACAUUCAGACAGCGGUCUCAGGUAUAAGGGGAUGAUGUUUGUUCCUUUGUCUUGUUAUGAAGACGUUCUUUGGGAUUUUCACCAUUCUCGGCUUAUAAUUCAUCCUGGUAGUAUGAAGAUGUAUCACAAUCUGCGACGACAGUUUUGGUGA